AUGUAAAUAUAAAAUUAUAGGUAAUAUGAAAAUUCAGAUGUUUUCAAAUAUGGGAACAAUAAGAGAUUGUUAUUUACUUGUGAUCAUGCUACUAAUGUGUAAAUAAUCAUAUAAAUAAAUUAGAUUGCCAUAAGGUCUUGAAUGGUCUAAAGAUGAUCUAACAAAUUUUGCAAAUACUCAUUGGGCUGUAGAUAUAGGGUAAAUAAAUUAUAUGAAUAUAGAGCAUUGAAUUUAGCAAAAUAUUUGGCCAAUUAAACUGAAUCUAUUCUGGUUCAUAGUAAAUAUAGGUAUAAAAUCCAAAAAUAUUUAGUCGACUUUAUUGCGAUGUCAAUAGGUAAAUUUAAUCAGAAUCACUGUUUAGAUAAACAGGAGAUAACUAAUAAAUUGAAUUAAAUUAAAGUAAGAAAACUUAUAUAAAAUUUUCAGAUUUAUCACUCGAAGAACAAUGGAUAAGAAUAUAAUACCAUUCAAAUUAUCAUUUUUAAGUCAGAUAAACUAUACAUGAAUUAAAACCUAAUUUUAUAUACUCAAUUCAUUCAUUUACACCUGAAUAUGAAGGAAAGAAGAGAGAUGUUGAAAUAGGUAUAUUGACUAGCAUUUUUGAUGAAUUUGGAGAAGCACAUCAACAAAUAUUAAAAAAUAAAGGAUAUGAUUGUAGAAUUAAUGAACCUUAUACAGGAAAAAAAGGUUUAAAUUUUUCUAUUGAUUGGUAUGAUUGUUGUAAUCAACAUUUUCUAGUGCAUGUUUGACAUUUGCUAAACCAAUAGUUGGUACUUUAUUUGAAGUUAGGAAUGAUAUUCUCAGCAAUCCAGAGAGAUUUGCAAAAGUUUCUGCAGAUAUUCUAGCAACAAUUUUAGAAGUUAUUGGAAAAUGGAAAUGA